AUGUGGCAAAUGAAGAAAGGGAGCCUGUUUCUGGCGGUGAAUGGUAUCAUUGCAGGUUUGGCGGGUAUCACUCCUACUUCUGGCUAUAAUGCAGUUCUUACCGCUAUUAUUUGUACUCUGCUUAUUGCCAUAUUCGUACACCCUUCUAUAUUUUCACUCAAAUACAAAUUGCGCAUUGAAGGUGCGCUUGAUGUCUCCAGCGUCCAUGGUGCUCUAGGACUAGCUGAAGCUCUGUUUAUUGGCAUAACAGGGACCUCAAAUGUCGGCAGAGCGGAGUGGUGUAGUAUGUGGAGGAGGUGGUAA